AUGGACAUUACGUUGAGGUAUGUUAACAAAAAAGGUAAAGUGAAUGAACGAGUUAUUGCGAUUGUUCGUGUUGGUGAUACAUUGAUAAAAACAUUGAAGGAAACAAUAUGCGUGGUGCUUAUGAGAAAUUCUUUAAGUACAUCUAAAAUAUGUGGACAAGGCUAUGAUGGGGCUAGUAACAUGCAAGGAGAGAUGAAUGGUCUUAAAGCUUUGAUUUGCAAGAAACUUUAUCGGCAUAUUGCAUCCAUUAUAUUGAUGAUGAAUGAGAUGAUUGCAUCAUUACAAAUAAAAGAGCAAGAUAUUGUCAAUGCUAUGAUAUUUCUUGACAUUAAUAAGACAAGAUUGCAAUUGUUGAGAGAUGAUGGAUGGAAUGCUUUGAUGAGUGAAGUUUAUGUAUUUCGUGAUAAAUAUGACAUCUUGGUACCUAAGAUGGAUGAUUUUUAUCUUCCCGGGAAGUCAAAGCGUAGGCCUUCUAGUGUUACUUACUCACAUCACUUACGUGUUGAACUCUUUUAUGCUAUAAUUGACUUGCAACUUCAAGAGCUUAGUAAUCAUUUUGAUGUUGUGAGUGGUAACUUGCUUAUUGGAAAAAUAAUGAUAUUGGCCAAACAUUAUCCAGUUGAAUUUGGUGAAUCAAAGCUUCGGGAGCUUAGUUACCAACUUAAUACUUUCAUUAUACACAUGCGACAUGGUGAUCCUAUAUAUUCUAAUUUGAAAGGAAUUGGUGAUUUGGCAGAAGCACUAGUUAAUGGAAAUCUUGUGGAGACUUAUUCUCUUGUGUACUUAGUUGUGAAGUUGACCUUGAUUCUACCAGUAGCUACUGUAACUGUAGAAAGAGCUUUUUCAUCCAUGAAGCAUAUCAAGAAUGAAUUGCAUAGCAGUAUUGGUGAUGCAUUUUUAAGUGAUUGUUUAGUUUGUUACAUUGAGAAGGAUAUAUUUGUAAAUAUAAGCAACGAUGCAAUCAUUGACCGUCUUCAGAAUAUGAAAAUGUGUCGAUGUCUAGUAUGA